AUGAUUCCUGAAGCUCUUUCAAAUUUUUAUUUCCGCCUAGAUGAAUUCGAAAAGAAACUCGAGAUUCAGGCUGGCGGUUUUGGGAAAGUUUCCUACAAUAAGUUGAACAACCAAGAUGUGGCCAUAAAAAUGAUGAAGGAUCCGGAGGAGAUUCUCAAAGAAGCAAAUAAGCAUAAACAUGUCAAAGAUUGCAAGUUUAUUGUUGAGAUACUCGGAAUCAUUUUUGAUGAGACUGAUUCGCCGAAAGGUUUGGCACUUGAGUUGUGCUAUUUGGGAACGCUUUAUCAAGUGAUUAUGGGCUGGGAAGUGCACACACUUUACAACAUCGCUCAUAUCGUCGUUUGGAUGGAACAAUUGGCCUCGCCUCUCAAUAUUCUGAUGUUCGACAAAUACCGCGAGAUUCGCGUCUGUGAUUUCGGUAUCUCAGCCUGGGAAAAAACUGUGGUAAAACUGGCCGGAACAGUCAGCUUCAUUGCGCCAAAUUCGUCGAUUCACUUCGCCGAUCAUCGAGAUGACAUGUACAGUGUGGGAAUGAUUCUGUGGCAACUCAUCUUCAGAAAGUGCAAAUCACUAGAC